UUUGUUUUUUUUCUUGCUGAAAUGCCGUUGUCAGUGGUCACGGACAUCUAUUUAAAUGUUGUUAAGGCUCUAGUGUUGAAUGCAUUUCUAUCUAAAAUGGCAUACAAGUUUAGUGAAUACGUCAGACGUCAAGAUGGAAGGCGUUUUUUUUAGUUGAUGAAGCGUACAUCUAACCGCAUCAGAAACGAAUUGAAACGUUGUUAUUUAAAAAAAAAAAUCUCAAUCAUACAGGUGCUCAGAUAAAUAUGAUUUAAUACCGAGCACUAAGACCCGGUGGCUUGUCCGUCAUGGCGGAAUUCCAAAUAACAAGCCGGUCUCUAUAUGAGUGCACUACAUGCGUAGUUUGUGAUGCACUUCCGCGUCCUACGUAGAGCCAUAUUUGUCGAUGUGGAGGGUUUUAGGACACAGCCCACGGUUAAGCUCUGCGAUCGGUCUUGACUGGGGACUCGUUUUCGCCUCCGCGCGGUGAUUGGGUGGAAGAUGGCGCUGGCCGAAUGGAAAUCCUAAUGACAGUUUCCAAAUUUGCCUCUUUUUGUACCAUGGGCGCCAAUGCCUCCGCUUUGGAGAAAGAAAUUGGCUCGGAGCAGUUCCCUGUCAACGAGCACUACUUCGGAUUGGUUAACUUCGGGAACACCUGCUACUGCAACUCGGUGCUCCAGGCUCUGUACUUCUGCCGGCCGUUUCGGGAGAAGAUCCUGGCCUACAGGAGUCAGCCGCGGCGCAAAGAGAACCUGCUCACCUGCCUGGCCGACCUGUUCCACAGCAUCGCCAACCAGAAGAGGAAGGUGGGCGUCAUCCCUCCGAAGAAAUUCAUCACACGGCUGCGCAAAGAGAACGAGCUCUUUGAUAACUACAUGCAGCAGGAUGCACACGAGUUCCUCAACUACCUGCUGAACACUAUAGCCGACCUGCUGCAGGAGGAGAAGAAGCAGGACAAGCAGAACGGCAAACUGGCCAACGGCACGCUGGACUCACAGAAGAGUAACAGCACUCCUCCGUCCACCACAUGGGUACACGAGAUCUUCCAGGGCACACUGACCAACGAGACGCGCUGCCUCACCUGCGAGACGAUAAGCAGCAAGGACGAGGACUUCCUGGAUUUGUCUGUGGACGUUGAGCAGAACACUUCAAUCACGCACUGCCUCAGGGGCUUCAGUAAUACAGAGACCCUGUGUAGUGAAUAUAAAUACUACUGUGAGGAAUGUAGGAGUAAACAAGAGGCACACAAAAGGAUGAGGGUGAAGAAGCUGCCCAUGAUUUUAGCCCUGCAUCUGAAGAGAUUUAAAUACAUGGAGCAGCUCCAGCGUUACACUAAGCUAAGCUACCGCGUGGUCUUCCCUUUGGAGCUCCGCCUCUUCAACACGUCCGGAGACGCGACCAAUCCCGAAAGGCUUUACGACCUUGUCGCCGUGGUGGUGCAUUGUGGGAGCGGGCCCAAUCGCGGACACUACAUCGCUAUCGUCAAGAGUCACGACUUCUGGCUGCUUUUCGAUGAUGACAUCGUAGAGAAAAUCGAUGCCCAGGCGAUAGAGGAGUUCUACGGACUCACUUCGGAAAUCUCCAAGAACUCCGAGUCGGGCUACAUCCUGUUCUACCAAUCCAGAGACUGAGAUUGCUCAGCACAGCGGCCCCUCGCGGAACCCUGCGGAACGUGCCGGCCUCCGUUUCCGAGUCCUGCUGCGUCUCACCCUGAGCAGACUGGAUCAGAUCGCGCUGACGCCCCCCCUCCCUCUCCCCCCCCCGACCCUUCACCCCAGCGUCCUCCCCCUCCCCCCCACGGCAAUCCGGAUGUGAUGCGGUUACAGCAUUGUGUGUACAUCGUGAGAAUGUUUAAACGCACUGGCUGAAAUGUGUUAAAUGUACUCGGCUCUGUGAUACUGACAGUCCUGACAUGCUGCAACCUUUCUAAGCCUGAGUUUCUGACCAAAGGCUUGUGCAUGGGGGGGGGAAAUUAGGGGGCGUGUCCCGAACAGAGGGGAGGGGCUAUAAACUGAACAUAUGGGGUUAUUUGUGGGUUUAUGUAUUUCUACCUUGUACAUAGUGGUAUUUGUAUAAAUAUUAUGAAAUUAUAAUAAUAUUAAUUACUGAUAUAGGUGAAAAAGAUUGAAACAUUGAAAAUAUGUAUAACACUAUGGUGCACUUUUGAUACAGUUUUGUAGGUGUUUGGCAGGUUUGUGUGAGGGUUUGCUUGAGACGGCCUGUUGUGAAAUAAUUUUCUGUUUUAAAGAAAAAGAAAUAAAGCGUAUAGAUCGAGAUGUAGAUAAACGAUAAAUGUGAGCCUUUUAAUUGGAUUCCAUUUAACCCAGUGAAAUCAGGUUGAAAUAAAAAUAUCACAUUUACGCUAUUAGUAAAAAUGCUCGGGGUCUGACGCUUGCUUCUUUAGUUCUGCACUGAAGCUACCGUGUUUGUUGCUGACAGUUAAUAGUAAAAAAUAAAAAGAAGCAGUCACCGAUUUGCUGAUUCUAUCUGUGAGGACGAACAAAAUGUCACUGUCGUCACCGUUUUAUUUUUGAAAUGUAUUUAUAGUGCGGUUCGGUAUCACUCUGCCUCCCAGAAUGACACCAGGAAGCUGGAGGUUAUGCGAAUAAUAACAUAGUUUAUAUUUGAGCUUGUAGACAUAUCGGUAGGAAAGAUUUAGGGUGACGGUCGAGUGCAAACAUUUGUACACCCCACACCAAAGACAAAAUUAAGAAGAGUUGACAUUAUUGUGAAAUCAGUAUCUAUCUUUCUGAAUGUGUUAAAUGUUCUCUAGAUGUUUUUUUUUUUUUUUUUUUUUUUUUUUUU